GUUGGCUGCGUUUCGCACAUUGUAGACAGCUUCACGAGUGGCAGUGCCACAACACUAACCGCCAGUGUUGUUUGUAGCUAUCCCAGUGUACAGGAAUGGGCUGGCUGUAACAUUUUGUCGUUUUCGUUAGUAAUGCGUGUGUUUUCAUUGUUUAUGUGGUGACAUUUCUAAAUGUCAAAAUUUUAGGGCAAGGUCAAGCAAAUUCACAAACUCGUUUCGUCGUUUGUGUCAAAUGAGAAGUAACGUUAGACAGGAAAAAAGGGCUUCGUCGUUUUGACACAUCACAGAGAGGGGCAGAGUCAGUGGCAUAUGAGUCGAGAAGUGGACCUAGUGCGACUUUGACCGUGGAAAUCUCACCAGGAAACGCGAAACCUUGGGAAUCCAUAAUUCACGAUGGAAUAAUGCUUUAGGAAGUUACAAAGUCCAGAAACAACGCCACUGGGAUUACAUUUGAAUAUUUUGUUUUUCCUUUCUAAAUAGAAAGGUAUUUGAAAUAUUUUCGGAGUUGUCUUUAAUUGUGACAUUUCACUUAACAUCUCAAAUCGUUAUGUAUACGAGCAAUGCCCGAAUGAGGAGCUAUAGCUAGGGGCUCAAUAUGAAGAAUCCGGAGAAUUGACCUCUGUUUGGAACCCCACCACGAGCCUUGGAGAAUGGCAUCAAAUGAAAGAUUGUACGAGGUCUGGAUGCUGUAUUGCAACAAGAGGGACCCAGACUACCUGAAGCUGUGGCUGGAGAUCUUCAUUGGCUCCUAUGAGAGAUGUCUAGAUGUGGACUUUGAGAAGCCACCCUCCAGGUUGGAGGAGGUGCCUCCAGUGAUGACCCUGCUGCCAGACAACAUCCUGCAGGUGUUGCGGCACCAGCUGCUCCAGUGUGUCCAGAAGGCCUCGGACGGGCUGGAGCAGGAGCAGCAGAACCUGGCCCUCCUGCUGGUCAAGUUCCUCAUCGUCAUCUGCAGCAGUAGUCUGGCCCCUCCCUCCACCUACCAAGACCUGGUUGUACCGGUCCAGUAG